CGAACUACAUUACGAAUCCAAAAACCCCCCGCCAAGUAGAUCUGCACCACCCAGAUCCGGUAUUUUACGAAACAGAAAAGGACGAAUCUAAAUAGAACAACAGGACAGAUUUAAUCCAAUUUCGCGGUAAUAUCCGACUGGGCCCGGUGUAUCGGUGUAUCUAUCUGCCUAGAGCGGAUCAGCCUUGCCGUCCCCACGAUCAUGGCCGCGAGUGGAAAGCCCCUCCCGGAUGAUGAUGGGCAGUUUUGGAUUUUUGGUUAUGGGUUACCCGGUUGGGUGACUGGCUACGUCAGACGAUUUUGGCAGGCUAGCGAGGAUCACCGAGGAACACCAGAGAAGCCCGGACGCGUCGUCACGCUGCUGGAGCGCUCCUUCUGGGAGACCCUGACUGAUCACCACGAGGAUGCUCCCGACCGUGUCUGGGGUGUUGCGUACCGCAUCAAGGCCGACAAGGUGGACGAGGUCAAGGACUAUCUAGACAUUCGAGAGAUUAAUGGCUACACCAUCCACUACACGCCCUUUCACCCAGCAGACAGAUCUGGCCCGAUCAGGACCUUGGUCUACAUCGGCACCCCCGACAACCCCCAGUUCGUGGGACCUCAGGACCCACAGGUCCUCGCCGAGCAUAUUUACCGUUCCGAGGGGCCCAGCGGACUGAAUAGGGAUUAUCUCCUGUCCCUGGAUGAUGCUCUGAACCAGCUGGGGCCGGAAAGCGGGGAUGAGCAUGUCGCCGAUUUGUCGAGGCGUGUUCGUGCCAUGCAGGCGGAAUCUGCGGCUCAGGUCGACAAAUCGUCCCAGAAUGCCGACUUCCACAAUGUCCACAGCACUGAGGAGCAAGAAGAGACCGAGAAGUCUAACUAG